AUGUCCCCUACGAAUUACAAAUCGUGGGCGCAGCUCGGGAUCCCAUCUCAACUGCGGCUUGGACCGAACGUGAGAAAAUUGUUACAUGUUUGUACGUUGUUUGUACCAUGAAGUAUAUAAGGCCAUAAAUUUAGCUCAAGUGCUGUAUAAUGGAGAGUUUGGUAUUCAAUAUUAGAACUUCCUGUUUUUUUUAUUUUUUACGUUGAAGUGCAUGAACAAGAUUGCCAGAAAAAGUAUUUCGUAUUUUCUUAUCCUUCAGAGUCUUAUUCAGCUAUUUUGAGAGUUGUAAGUUGAGAGAGCACAGAGAUGCCCGUUUGACAAACUUAUUUUACUAUUGUUUUGUAAAAUCCCUAUGAAAGUGCCGGUUGGACGUAAGUGCUGGGAAAGAUUUUAGAUAACAAUGUCUGCGAUUAGUUGAUUUUUUGACUUUUGUCUGCCGUGAAUAAUUCUGGCUUUCGAUUUAUAUCUAGGCUGGAGUAAGAUCUUUCCGUUUCGGAAAUCCGGGUGUCCCUAGAGUUGAACAUAUAUUAUUUGUGUUUAGGUCUGCGGAAGUGCAAUGAGAUCCGACUUUCAUGAUCGGUAAGUCAUCGACCCCUUUGCAGACGUUCUUUCUUUAGAUUUGGUCGACGUGGGCCUCCAAGAAGAGAUGAUGAACCGAAUUCAAAACGGGGACGGUUUGAGAAUGCCAGUGACACUUAUGAGCCGCAAUUCAACAGAAAGACGGAGGGUAGCGGAAGAGUUAUGUUGACAUUCAGGAAGUUCUUGGAAACUCAAGACGAGGGAAUUUCUGACGAUGAAGCCAUCCUAAAAUACAAUGAGUACAAGUUUGAGUACAGAAAACAGGAAUAUGAAAAGUUUUUCCAAAGCCAUAAGGAUGAGGAAUGGUGGGUUCAUUGAUGAUAUUUUUGUGAAUUGUUCCGAUUUUGCGAUACAAAUGUUAAUUUCCAGGUUUCAAAGAAAGUACCACCCAGAGUUGUCGAAGGAAUCCGCUGCCAAGGCUGAUGAAUGUGUAAAUAAAAGACUCGAAAUUUACAAGGAAGUUGUUGAAAAGGAUUACGGUAAAGACAUUGAGCUGAGUUUCGAACAUACGGAGAGAAUCGUGAAGUUCCUGGAUGCUGUGGUUAUUAAAUUGGAGGGCGGAACCGAUGAGGAUGUGGAGGUCUUACUCAAAGAGCCUGUUUUUGACGAAUCUCUUGACGACUUGAGGAAUAAGUUAAAUAAGACGUGAGUUAUCUUCUAAAUUCAUUUGUUCCUGUUAUAGUAAUGGUGAAGUUACCAAUGGAAAUGGAAAUUCUAACGGGGUUUCAAAGGCUGAGCCAGAAGAGAGCGAAGAAAUUCAGAAUCUGGUUAAGAAACUCCCAUUCCGAACUCACAGUAUCUUCCUCAAGGGCAUUCCGGCAACGGCGAAGUUUGAAGAAAUUGAAAAUGUGCGUAAUUCUAUUACUGUGGCCUUUAUUUUGUAUUUAGGAAUGUAAGAAUUAUCCUGGCUUUUUGAGGCUUGGCCUCUCCGAGCCCCUGGCCGAUCAAAAGUUCCAAAGAAGGGCCUGGGUCACCUUCAAAAGAGAUGUGAAGAUCAAGGAUAUUUUCUGGAAUAUGAAGAAUGCCAAGGUAAAUUUCGAUACUUUUUUUCUAAUUGAUAUUGUUUUAGUUCUCUGAUACGGAAGUCAGUGCAUCUGUGAAUCGCGACCUCAGAAGACGGGUCCGCGUGAUUAGUGGAUUGGCCAAUCAUCGUCCGAUUGUUCAGAAUGACAUCAGACAAGCUGCCAGAUUGAUUGCUUUAUAUGAUUAUAAACGGAAGGUGUAUGCAGAAGAAGGAGCAGAGGAGCAGGUUCCACCAAAAGAUCUGGAUGCUCUUGUCAGCCGCAGCAAAAACCCAGUGCUUGAUGGCGUAGUUGAAUAUUUUGUCGAAGAGUGUAAUGCCGAGGAAGAAGAACUUCUUGGAGUCAACAAUCAGGCCUCCGACGAUCUUAAAUUCACACUGGAAGUUGAUAAGGACCUUUUCAAAUACUUGGACCGACUGUUGGUCUACUUGAGAGUCGUUCAUUCAGUCGAUUUUUACAACCAAUGUGAGUAUGCCAAUGAGGACACAAUGCCCAACAGGUAAGCGUAAUGGUUUGUAAUUGGAAGUGUUGCUUCGUUUUGGAUUUAAUAUUUAUUUAUUAAAGAAUGGGAAUCGUUCACGUUCGCGACUUUCCUCCGGACGGAGAACAGUUUGGAAAAUCGGAAACUGGAGUUCCAUUAGUGCCUAAGAAGAACUGCGACCAGUACAUCUCUAGUACCGAGGAGAAGUUGAAGGCUUCCAUUUUAAAAUACGAAGUUAUUCCUGAGGAAGACCUCCUGAAGUUGGGAAAGAAAGAUCCGGAACAAGCCGUGGAAGACUUUAUUAAAGAGAACAGCCAAGAAUUAAGCAAGGACAAAUGGCUCUGUCCUCUCUCUGGCAAGAAAUUCAAGGGACCGGAAUUCAUCAGGAAGCAUCUCUUCUCUAAACAUGAACACAAGAUCGACGAAGCCAGGUCUAAUGUAAGUGCUGCUUGUCUUUUUUAUGAUUUCUUUGUCAAAAGAUUUGCGGCUAUAUUUUUAUUUUCAGGCAAUUUACUACAACAAUUACAUCGCCGACUUUGAUCGUCCGCAUAACCUUGAAUUGAAGCCGCCUCCAACUCCAACGGUCGAAGAGGUUAAACGACCACAAGAAGAUCGUUUUGGUGGCCACAGAAAUAGCUGGGGACCAGACCGCAGAUUUAACAAUGGCCCGAGGUUCGGUGGCCGCGGGGACUUUGGGAACCGUGGCCGAUUUGUGGAUGACUUUGGAACCGGUAGACGGGAUCCUCGCCAACCUCCCACUUACCGAGACCUCGACGCCCCAGACGAUAUUAUUUAA